GGGCCGGAGGUUGGAGUGUGUGUGUGAUCUGUGUGUUCUGUUCUUCUCGGAGCAGGAUGUUUAGACGUUCUUCUGGAAGCGCUGUGUUUAUCGCUCUGGACCUUUCUCUGACUCUGUCUCACAGAAAGCUCUUGGUUUCUUUCAUGUUUUCUAUCUUAUGGAGCACAUUUGAUUCGGAUCAGUUUUAGACCUUUAUUUUAAUCUUUGAAAGGCGAAUCAAAAUCACUGCUGCUGUCACUGUUGCACAUCGUUUAAUUCAGUGUCUUUAUGAGCUGCUCUGAUGUAAUGGACCCGAGUUAUUGAAAACACAUGAAGAAUAACAUUCACUCGCAUGAUAUUGCGGUAAAUAAUAGUAUUUCAGACGAGAGUAGAUCAGACUCAUUCUAAUGAGAGCGGUCACUGUGUGCUGGAGAGUCUGAGAUUAACAUGCUGCAUUCAUAUAAAACUGACCACACUUCACCAAUCCAGUCACACUCUCACAGAAGAGAAACUUCAUGCAACGCAGAAACUUCUGGAAACGUUUUACUGUGGUGAUGUAUUCAGAUGAUAAUAAUGAUAUUAUUCAGGUUCCAGGAUUAUUUAUGAGCAUCAGCAAACACAUGAACAGAGAGACCAAGAAAACAGGUUAGACUGAAAACAUUCACACAGAUCAUACGUGAACACAGACCAGGACUCUUAGAGUUAACUAAAGCUGCAGCAAACAUUAGAGAACACAGUCAUUACUUGAAACUGAAAUAAUACUGAGGUUACAAAAAAACAUAAUAAAAAUAGUAGUAGCUUGAUACUAAAUGACAUUGACACAAACCAAAUGUGAAACAAAAUAGAUUUCAUCAUAGAUCACUCAUAAAUAUGAUGGACGAGCGUAAAAGACAGAUAAAUAUUAAUCAGUUUGUUUAAAAUCACCCAACAGUGUGAAUGGAAAGUGAAUUAAAGGUUCAACAUUUCACUCGUGGUUUUUGCCCUGAGUAUCAGCGGCGUGUGGUGGUUCAGAUGAAGUCCCGACGCUCUCGUUCUGCUCAACACAGGGUCAUGGGUUCAGUUCCCAGCACAUGCAUGACCUGAUGAAGUGUAAACCAUGAAUCUAAUGUAAAUCACUGUGGAUAAAAGCGUCUGCCAAAAACAUGAAUUUAAGUGAUGACAGGGAAAUAAGAGUCCUGCUAUUCUUUGAUUCGACAGUAAAGCAGAGAUGAAGUCUCUCAGGAGCCUGUAUGAGAGAAGUGAUGACCUGACCUCUGACCCCGCAGUGCUGGAGCGAUCCGCACUCUUCUGAAGAGCCUCGUGCACGCCCACGGUUCACUUUCACUAUGAUUAAUGCAUUUAGCAAACACUGUUAUACAGAGCGGCUUACAGUGCAUUCAGGAGAACAUUUUUUACCCAACAUGUGUUCCCUGGGAAUCGAACCCACAACCUUGUGCGCUGCUAACACAAUGUUCUACCACUGAGCCACUGGAUGCUCUCUCUCCUGUCGCUGGUCUUCAGUGAAAGGCCUUUGCAUUUUCAUUCAGUUGGGAGAUUUGGGAUUAUCCCGUGAUGACAUCAUCUUGUUUCUAAUGUGUUGGCAGUUAUGCAAUGUGUUUCACAUUUUGGCUCAUGGAUGAGGGGAUCUCAAUCAUCUUUAGCGUCCUACGCUCCACUUGACUUCAUUUCCUUUAGUAGAAGCAACCGUGAGUGGAUUUGAGCUCUGAGAGAUGUUCUCUUCAUCCGCUGGAGCGUGGAGAUCCCAGCAGGCUUGGUCUCGACAGACAGACGCAGACGUGUUGAUCUGCAGAAGAGCUGAUGGUUUGGGGGUUUCCAGUGUGGUGAAGAGUCAAGGGCUUCCUGUAUGUAGCUGUGCUCAGAAAGCAGUUAGCGUGCGGAUCCGUGAUGACCGACGUGAUGAUCAGCGCCGCUCCGAGCGACGACAUCAGGCUCAGUCCCAGCAAACACCGCCUCAGCUUCCAGAUCUUCCCGGAUCCCUCAGACUUCGAGCGCUGCUGUAAGCUGAAGGACCGUCUGCCGUCGAUCGUGGUGGAGCCGACGGAGGGCGAGGUGGAGAGCGGAGAGCUGCGCUGGCCUCCCGAGGAGUUCCUGGUGAGCGAGGAGGACGAGGAUGAAGACGAGGAUGAGGAUGAGGAAGAGGAAGAGUGUGAUGGAAACCUGCAGAACGGACAGAUGCAGAACUCUCAGCAUUAGAGAGGAACUGACAGACUCUCUCUCACAGACACACACACACACACACACACACACACACACACACACACUAGAGUCCUGUAUUAUCUUAAUUACUGACUGGAGCCCGUCUUUUUCCCUCUGCUCCCUAAACAUCUUAUAUUACUGUUUCAGCUAUUACAAUAAUUCAAACUGAUUAUAUUUCGUAUAAGUUUGGAGUAUUUUUUGUUCGUCAAAUAUUAGUUUUAUUUAUUUUAAGUAACGGCCAAGCGACCAGCAGCAGACAGUGAGCCUAUGUUUGAUCCAUUAAACCUUCUCAAAUCAUCACGACUCGCCUGAAAUAAAAUCUAGAGAUAUAAAACAGUUCAAGCAUGUAACAAUAUUUAAAGGUUAGACCCAGAUAAAUGUGCACUAUAUCCACUUGCUUGUUUUCUGUCGAUACGCUGUAGUUUUUGCUCAUAAGGUUAGAGCAAUUCAUCAUUUCUUGACCCCGUCAGAACCUGACCGGCCUGCAGACCUCUAACACACACACACACACACACACACACACACUGAUUCCCAGGCACAGAAUAGAUGCUCACACCAGUGAACACUGAAGAACUGAUCCACUGACAUCUGUUUGCUCCGACCAUGAGCCAGUCUUCAUUGCCACCAGAGUGUGUGUGUGUGUGUGUGUGUGUGUGUGUGUGUGUGUGAGUGUGCGUCAGAAGAUUAUUCUUGAUGAUGAUGGUCUGUCCUGCACUCAUUCCUGUUAUUUACAUGCUUUUCUGAAUAACACCGAUCUUCCUGACCAGAUGACAUUAGUGUUUGUGUGUGGAUGUGACUGUAAAUAUUCUGAAGAUGAUUGACAGGUGAGACGUCUUUAGUCUGCAUCAGUGCUGAGUUCUGUAGGAGAACCGCAGCUGUCUGAUAGUGUCGAGUCUGUCCACAGCAGGUGUGUGUGUGUGUGUGUGUGUGUGUGUGCUGCAGGUCCCUCACUGAAUCACUUCCUGUCUGUUCAUCUGUAAAGACUCAGGGAGUUUGCUCUUAUGUUGUAUGUACACCGCUUCCUCUCUGACUGACAGAGGCUGUAAAUAAACAUCUGAAAGUGCUUUACAAACCA